UCAAGGGGAGCAAAUCACCCAAUGGGUAACGAUAUUACUGGCCGUAAACCAUCUAUGAACCAAUCAGAGGCGUUGGUGCUGGUAGGACUUUAGCGGGUACACUUUCGACAAGUCUAGCGAUUUUGAGUCGACAGCAUAGCGAAGUUGAUGAGCAUUGUUUUGGUAGAAAGACAGAAAGUCUGUGGGAUUGAAAUAUGGUUUUAAAUAGUAUCGUGGAUUUGUUUGUAUAGUAACGUUGGGUUAUGUCUUAAAAACAAGACACUGGCUUUUCUUCCAGCUCGUUAUUUUCUUACUUCGCGCACUUAAUGCUACUUGUCACAAUGCUAACUAGCUAGCUAAUGCUAACGAGCGUUAGCAUAACUGAACACAGAAUUUAAUGGUGCAUUGUGGUGAAACAUUAUCUUUUUUUGUCUUCACGUCAAACGGCUCAUAAACAAGAGAAAUCACCAACGUUUUGGAUGGCGGUGGCUCCCGCUUCGAUGGCGGAUAAGAUCAUCGUCCUUGAUGAUGAUGAAGAGGAGAGGCCUCAACCCUCUUGCUCAGCCUCGUCCUCUCAUCAACCAGCCAAAAAAGUCUUGCCACGCAGAGCUCAGCAGCCUGCCCCCCCUACCCACAUUACCCAGUCGCCUUUCGCCUCAGUGAAGAAGGACACGCAUGUUCUGCAGGCUGAGAAUCAGAAGUUGUUCACUGAGUUCGUGGAGCACUGCUCAACUCACACCCAGGACUGCCCCGAGGUCUUGACCUUCCUCCAAACCAAGCAUGCCAAGGCCUCCCCAGAGUAUCUGUUCUCCGUGGAGUUCAGGAACACCUUGGGACGAUGUCUGACUCACACUCAGGCAAACCGGUCCAAAACCUUUGUCUACAUCAAUGAACUCUGCACUGCACUCAGGAAGCAUGCAGCGAAGAGGAGGCAGGCCCUCACCAAGGUUGAACCCGGGCUUUCUACCUCAUCAAGUUCUGUCCAGUUUACCUCUGAUUUGCCCAAAAGGAAAGACGAGAGUAAAGAUGAGAUGAAUGAGGAAGAGGACGGGGUAAAACCGGCAGCGGGGGAUAAGCAACCUUCCACCUCAGGGCUGCAGGAGGGCAACAACAAGGAGGGACCGGAAGCAGAGAAAAAGGCAAAGAGGGCAUCCAGGAAACAGAUAGCGUACCUGGAGAACCUGCUGAAGGUGUACAACGACGAGAUCUGCCGCCUGCAGCAGGCCGAGCUGAAUUUAGAUGACCUGGGAACUGAGGACUCUUUAUACAUCCAGGAACACAAGCUCAAACGCAAGAUGAUAAAGAUUUAUGAAAAGCUGUGUGAACUGAAGGAGUGCAGCACACUAACGGGCCGAGUCAUUGAGCAGAGGAUCCCCUACAAAAGCACUCGUUAUCCUGAGAUCAACAGGAAGAUCGAGCGUUUCAUCAACAGUCCUGAGGCGCAGCGGAACCCUCCGGAUUUCCAAGACAUCUUCCAGCAGGUGCUGCGCGCUAAUGAGCGCCACAACCUGUGCCUGAGCCGAAAACAGCUGGACCAGAUCGCCCAGGAGGCUUUCAGAGAGACCUGGCGCUGCAUGCAGGAGAGACGCCACCUGGACCUGGUGUACAACUUCGGCUCGCGCCUCACUGACGCCUACAAGCCUGCCACUGACCCGGCUCUGGAGGACCCCUCACUGCUGCGGAAGCUUCGGUCGAACAGAGAAGUGGCUCUGUCCCGUCUCGAGGAGGUCAUCACCAACUACGCCAUCAAACAAGAGGACGCGGAGGAGCAGGACAGGGCCAAACGGCUGGAGAAAGACAGCAAGGAGAAGGAGACCCACAAAUCAGAAAACGGAGAAGGAACUAAAGAGGUGAACGGAGUGGCAGAGGUGGAGGAAGAAGAGGAGGUGGAGGAGGAUGACGAUGAAGAAGAUGAAUCAUCAGACCCAGACAUUGAGGAAGAGAUCCAGGCCAGCACCCAGCAGAACGGACCAGACGAUGACGAGGACGUCGGUGACGAGGAUGUCGGUAACGAGGCGGAACCAGCGUGUGAAGGCACCAACAAGGAGGAUCAGACGGAUCGGUUGGCAGGAAGUGUUUCUGCAGGGGAAGAAGAAAGCGUGAAAGAUGAGGACGACGAGCCAGCAAGUGGACUCAGUCCUCUUUCUGAUGAGAGCAAGCCCCAGAUCUCUCCGCUGGCCGACCUCCCCUCCCCCAGACAGAGCCCCAGCCAAUCAGAGCCAAUGCAGACUGAUGACCAGACGCUGCUGUCUAAUGGUAACCAUGCAGGCUUAGAGGAGCCCGUGGAUUCCUCCAAUCAUGUUUCAGUCGUGCUGGUAAGCACCACCAAAGUCACUCAGGACCCUGCAGACGUUUCUCCGGCAACAGCCAACGGGGUGUCUUUGCCGCUGUCGCCAGCGGUCAUCGUAGAAAGUUGUGUCACACAGACGACCAACGGCACGUCGCCGCCGCCAAGCCUCAGAGCCACGAGGAGCCAGAAGAGGAAGAGGGAGGAAGCGACGUCAGGGAACUCCCGAAAUAAUAAGCAUAUACUCGUCCACGACAGUGAGGCAGACGUCCCUCUGGAUAUGGGCGUUUUCAGCUGCAACUCUCCACAGCAGGCAGAGUCAACCCGAGCAGACACUCCAACCAAUGAAAUGGUCAGCAGCUCUCAGUCGACUCCACCCCCCAAGAAAAACAAGGUCAACGUGGCCACACAGUGUGACCCAGACGAGGUCAUCGUCCUGUCAGACUCUGAGUGAUUGGUCCACAUCUCGCCUGUAUUCUGGGUCACGCGGAAAAUCAGCGGAUUUUUAAGGACCGUCCUUGUCCGCUGGCUUGUCAGGAGAGGAAGAAGCUCAAUUUUUUCCCCCAGAACUUGUGAAACUUAAGUAUGAUCCAAACCGACAAUAUCAAGUUUUUACUAAAUGCACAACAGCCGUUGGUAGCUGUGGAAGACGGAGAAAACUAUGGAUUUAGUACCUCAUGUCACUUGAUUACAUACAACCAAACAAAAGCCAAGACAAGUGUUUUUGUAAAAGACUUAAAUAAAAAUAAUUGUAACCUAAA